GAAGAAGUAGAAGGAGGAGCCAUCAGUCACUCAGACCUGCUGUUUUCACAUUUCCAUGUCAGACUUCGCCAAUUCAGAAAGGAUAAAGUAAUAAAUUAACAGAAGUCCUGACUUAGGGAGGAAGGAUGAAAACGUGGGGACUGGGCCCAUGUGGCUCUUUACAAAAGUCCUUAGGGCCUCCUUUACUGGAGCAUAGACAAACUCAGGGUGCACUGCAUCAAAAAUAGGGGCCGCCCUGCUAUGUAUGGCAAUCAGGGCACCUUCCACUGAAAAGCAUAUAAUGCUGCAAUGGAUAUCAUAGAACCAAUCCUAGCCAUUGCAGAAAAGCUGUACAGCCUAUGUGAGGAAGUGAAGGCCAACAAGAAGCGCUGCAGACGUUUGGCUCACCGCGUGUCUACUCUGGCUGAGCUGGUGAAAACCGUGAAGGUUCAUGGCUUUGGGACUGAGCCUCAACAGGUUAUAAAUGGACUUGAAAAUCUUAAACUCACUCUGGAGUCAGCAGAGAAGAUAGUGAAGAAAUACACUUGCUUCAGCUAUUUGAGACGCGUCGCCAAAGCGUAUGACCUCGGCGAGGAGUUCAGCUGCCUAAAUGAGAGGCUAAACGAUGCAGCUCAGCUGCUUUCUCUAGCACUUCAUUUCGAGCACAGAGUGUGUAUCGAUAAAGUGUUUCAAGAAGCAACGAGGCGGCGGGAAGAUGAAGAGGACAGGCAGAGUGACUCUUUGGAACUUCGAGAAUUGCUCCAGUCUUUAGCUCAGGAGAGCAAAGGAACGAACACGAUGGUUGACGCCGUGCAAAAGACAGUUGACCAAACUCAAAAAGAUGUGCAGGACAUUAAAGAGAUCCUGGAAUCAAUGAAAAAGCCCCGUCUUCAUCUUCAAGACAUUAGAGAGAUUAAACCAGAGGAACUGACCUACAGUUUCCCUGGCAAAGCCUUCAUGAAGUGCAGCCAUUCUGAGAUUUACAAAGGAACGUACAACAAGUUCACUGUGGCUAUCAAGAGAUACUUAUGCCCGCUCAGCACCAGCCCCAGUCAGCUGAGGAGUGUUUUUAACAAGGAGGUUGAGACCAUGAAGCGCUUUGAGUCACCCAGUAUCUUAAGAAUGUUUGGGAUCUGUGUCGAGGAUGAGAAUGGACCAAAUCCAAGACACCUUAUAGUCAUGGAGUACUGUGAGAAGGGGAGUCUUCGACAAGUCCUGGACAGUAACUGCAAUCUGCCCUGGGAGAGAAAGACUCAGAUGUGUCUGGAUGCGGCGCAGGGACUCUACAGGCUGCAUCAGUCGGAGGAGAAGUUUAAAGUGCAUGGCUCCAUCAGAAGCUGCAUUUUUCUAGUGGCUGCUGGCUACAGAGUAAAGUUGGGAGGCUUUGAGUUGGCAAAAACCGAAACUUCUCUUCAGAAGAAUAAAUCCAAAAUGAACAGUGUUUUACAUUACAACUCUCCACAACAGCUUCAGAAUGUCAACUAUACUUAUGACAAGGCAUGUGAGAUCUACAGUUUUGGCAUUGUCUUGUGGGAAAUUGCCACACGAGAUGUUCCUUUUAAAGACUGUACGACCCCCCGUCAGAUCUACCAAAAAGUGUGUGUAGAGAAGAUCAUGGAGGCACUUCCAGAAGACUGUCCUAAACAACUAAAACAGCUCAUCAAUGCCUGUCGAUCAUUUGAGCCCUUCCUACGACCAACAGCAGGAGUAUUGGUCGACAGGCUCUUCAACAUGGUGGAAGACGACUGAUUCCUGCAUCUCUAACCAAUGCUGCUGGCAAUCCAUGUCCAUAUCUGAUUCUGAUGAUGUAGGAUACAGGAAAGAAAGCAGGACAAACUUGCAUCACAUAAACCCUGGACUCUCAGUUUAUUAACCCAAACCUUGAUAAAUUUAGGUACAUGUUGCAUAUACAUAGUGCAUAAUAUUAUUUAUCUUAUUGGGAAUGAUGAUCCAUCCAUUCACAUUGUUUAGACAUUUUGCAUUCACAUUUCUGAUAAGAUGCAACACGUAUGUAUAUGAGUUUCAAAGUUUUUUUUAUUAUUAUUAUUAUUUUUUCUAAGUUGUAUAGCAAACAUCCUGUUUCAUAAAAGACUUCGGAUUGUAGAUCAGUGAUGUGUGAGAUGAGAAAAUGUUGCUUUUAAUAUUUGUAAGGUAAAAUAAACAUUUAUUUGAUAUAAUGCUUUAUAAUUAUAUAACUUUAUAAUACAAUAUUGUGUAAUCUGUGUCAUCAAAAAUAAAAACUCACAGCUGCAUAGUAAAUGUCUGUCUGUCUUUUUGCUAAACAUUACAUUAAAAGUUAUUGUUGGUACUGUUUUUGUUGUUGUUGUUAUGUAACUAACUAAAUUUACUGACAGUUAAAAAGACAGAAAAAAGGAGUAAAGAUAAAUUUAAGUGAU